AUGGUCCAGGCUGGUGAUUAUUGUGGUUCACGUAGUGGUCAGCUUGUCCGUGCAGCAUCUGGGCUUUUAACAGCUGGGUUGGUGUUCAGCCCAGGUAGCGUACUGGCACUGAUGUGUUCUCAACCUCUCCUCCUCGGGGGGAUAACAAAGGUUGAACACGGUAGCUACUGACAGCUGAGACUGCUUCAUUCAGAUAUUACAAUUUAGCUAACAGAGUGAUGCACAUUUUGAACAGAGUCCAAUUUCCCAUGUGAGUCCAGAGUUAAUCCACACAUUAGCAUUCUGUGUUGGUGAAAAAGGUCUGUCUUAUUAUGAUGAACUGAGGUUCUGUCCUAAUGUCCUCACUACUGACUUCACUGUCCUCACGUACCACCUACUGUAGCAUGAAGUGAUGAAUUAAGUAAUGUACUGGAUUUGCGUUCUUAGUGGCAUGCUAGUAUGGUUGUUGGAACAUAGCCUUUUUGCCUAGAUUUGACAUGAAAAUGGAGACCUGAGCAUGCAUUGUUAAGAUUCAGGCUCACUGUUAGUAGUGGCUCCUAUUCAAACAGAUGAAUGGCAUAGAAGUAUUGAUUUCAUUAAAGUGAUUGACUAUUUAUUGGGGGGUUAUCAGUCAAUGUAGUAUUGACUAUGCAGAAUUUUUCCUGAUCCUUUAUUUUUCCUGAUUGAUCUUAUGGGAUAUAUUGUGAAAAAUAAUUCAUUGUUGAGAUUUGAUUGAUGCAUAAUUCUGUACAUUAAUUAAAGUGAAAUGCUGAAUUCAUUGGAGAUUCACAGUUUGUUGAACCUCCAUAUCCCUCUCUCCCCACAGGUGUUGAGCUCCACCUGAGGAUGGCAGGAGAUUCUCGAGUCCACAUGGACCACGACAUGGAGAUAGGAGUCACACCCACAGCGGUAAGAACAUGUUUUCCAUCCGCACACACAGUCCUCUCCCUUCCCCAUUUGUCCUGUGUAACACUGCUGGGAGGUAGAGAGAGAGAGAGAGAGAGGGGGCAGAGCGAGGAAUAGGGAAAGAAAGAGGGGGUAGUGAAAGAUGGAAGUGUCUGGUGUAAGGGAAAAAUAUAAGGGGACAAGAGGGAACCAUUGUGGAUCAUGAGUUUCCUAUAAGAAGGGUGAUCAUGUGUGUGUGCCUGACUGUCUCUGCAGAAGAGGAUGGAUGGUUCAGCCCACUACCAUGGAGAGGGAAAGAGAGGAUGAUUGUGAGAAAACGACUCACACGUCCUGAUAAUGAAUGGCGAAAUAGUCUAGGUUAAUUGUCUUUAUUUAAUGUAUUAUUCUUAACCGAGUGUGGUGAGGCAAACCAAUUGUGGAAAAACACCAGCACACAGCAACUGCUAAUGAAUUUGUUUAUGGAGUAUCCGCCCUUGGGACGUCAUUGACUCUGGGCUGGCUGCACUACUGUAGCACUGUCUGUGAUGGCUUCAUCAAUCACUCAAUUAGGAAUUUCUUUAACACUCUCAAAUGGAAACAAAUAGGUCCAUUGUCUUUGAUUUAGGACUGUACAGGUACAGAUGUAGGAUCUUCAUUUGAUCACCCUGUUGCAGGAUAACUUGCAAUGCAGGAAUAAACUUUAAACUUGUAGUGUAUUCAAGGUUUAAAAAGGCUUCUGAAGUUUGUAAUUUCCACUUUGAAAUUUACGAAAAAUGUAGCAACCCCUAAAAAAAAAUGUCCAUUCUAAUCCACAUAAUAAUUCACAUUUCCUGUUGCUGCAGGAUUAUUUUCCUACUGUAGAAAACUGGCUCAAAUUAAAAUCCUACUGUACAAUUAAAGGCCUUGAGGAAACGUAAACUGAUCUUGUUGUAGGGGAUGGCUAAAAGCUACCUUCUCGUAAGGAAAUAGAGACAUUACAUUUUGAAGUAACCCCUGCUUUCUCCCAAACACACGUCACAGGAGCCCAAUGUCAUUGAGUGACUAAUUGCUGUAUUGGUCAAUGGGUGUUGUCUUUCACUUCACUGUCAAACCUCUCAUUAACGUAUAAUCUAGAGAAAGAUCAAUAAAGCAACGUCUGAUACCUGGAAUACUCUCUUGUGUGUGUUUAUAGAACUACAAUGAAGAGUCCCUAACUAGAAUUUCAAACAGUUGUCACGAAUGUCGGUGGAAUGCGGUAGGCCAGAUUCAAGCGCAGGACACAGAAUGAGAUGAAGAACCACUUUACUGAGUAGUAAAGAAAUACAAGCAAAACCCUCCAAACAACAAAGGAGGAGCAAAACCCGCUCACACUAAUGACACUCGUACCAUACAAUAAACACCAAACAGUGGACGUGAACAGGUUAAAUAGGCAGACAAACUAACAUAAUGGGGAACAGGUGUGCAACAACAGACAACAAUCAAGUGAACAUAGAAACAUAACAGAGCGGCAGCAGCUAGUACUCCGGUGACGACGAACGCCGAAGCCUGCCCGAGCCAGAAGGAAGGGCAGUCUCGGCAGAAUCCGUGACAACAGUAGCUAUGUUUCCAUUAACUUGUCCAGUGGGAUGGUUCUGAUGAAUUUCUCUCAACAAGGAGGGAUCGAGGAUAUCCCUCCUAGGAACCCAGCACCGCUCCUCCGGACCGUACCCCUCCCACUCCACGAGAUACUGCAGGCCCCCCACCCGACGCCUCAAAUCCAGGAUGGAACGGACCGAGUACGCCGGUACCCCCUCGAUGUCCAGUGGGGGCAGAGGAACCUCCCGGAUCUCAGAUUCCUGGAGUGGACCAGCUACCACCGGCCUGAGGAGAGACACAUGGAACGAGGGGUUAAUACGAUAAUUAACAGGAAGUUGUAACCUAUAACAUACCUCGUUCAAUCUCCUCAGGACUUUAAAUGGGCCCACAAACCGCCUACCCAACUUCCGAUAGGGCAGGCGAAGGGGCAGGUUUUGGGUCGAGAGCCAGACCCGGUCCCCCGGUGCAUACACCGGAGCUUCACUGCCGUAGCGGUCGGCGCUCGCCUUCUGACGCCUGCUGGCCCGCUGCAGGCGUUCAUGUGUAGCGUCCCAGGUCUCCUGUGAGCGCCGAACCCACUCGUCCACCGCAGGUACCUCGAUCUGGCUCUGAUGCCAAGGUGCCAGGGCCGGCUGAUAACCUAACACACACUGGAAUGGUGUGAGGUCAGUUGAGGAGUGGCGGUUGGAGUUUAUAGCCAUCUCUGCCCAGGGUAGGAAAACCGACUACUCCCCUCGCCAGUCCUGGCAAUACGACCGCAGAAACAUACCCACCUCCUGGUUAAUUCUCUCCACCUGCCCGUUACUCUCGGGGUGAAAACCUGAGGUAAGACUAACCGAGAUCCCCAACCGUUCCAUGAACGCCCUCCACACCCUUGAGGUGAACUGGGGACCCUGAUCAGACACUAUAUCCUCAGGCACCCCGUAGUGCCGGAAGACAUGUGUAAACAGGGCAUCGGCAGUUUGUAGGGCCGUAGGGAGUCCGGACAGAGGAAGGAGGCGACAGGACUUAGAAAACUGAUCCACAACGAAUAGGAUGGUUGUGUUCCCCCUUGAGGGAGGAAGAUCAGUCAUAAAAUCCACCGAUAGGUGGGACCAGGGUCGUUGUGGAACGGGUAGGGGUUGUAAUUUCCCUCUAGGCAGGUGUCUAGGAGCCUUACACUGGGCGCAUACAGAGCAGGAGGAAACAUAAACCCUCACGUCCUUGGCUAAGGUGGGCCACCAGUACUUCCCACUAAGACAGGUCACUGUCCGACCGAUGCCAGGAUGACGUGUGAGCCCAAUAGAGCAAACGAUCGCGGACCUCUAGCGGUACAUACUUACGACCCUCUGGACACUGGGGAGGAGAGGGUUCGCUACGUAACGCCCGCGUCAACCUCCCACACCACCGGUGCAACCAGACACGACACCGGAAGUAUGGGAGUGGGCUCCACGGAACUCUCCUCCAUGUCAUACAGUCGGGACAGAGCACCUGCCUUAGCAUUCUGGGAGCCCGGCCUGUAAGAAAGGGUGAAAACAAAACGGAUUAGAAACAUGGACCACCUUGCCUGGCGAGGGUUUAACCUCUUCGCCGCUCAGAUGUACUCCAGAUUGCGGUGGUCAGUCAAAAUGAGAAAAGGGUGUUUAGCCCCCUCAAGCCAAUGUCUCCACGCCUUCAGGGCUUUGACCACCGCCAACAACUCCCGGUCCCCCACAUCAUAGUUGCGCUCUGCCGGGCUGAGCUUCUUCAAAAAGAAAGCACAGGGGCGGAGCUUGGGUGACGUGCAGCUCCUUCAGGUGACUAAAAGCCCUGUCCGCCUCAGCUGACCACCGCAGACGCACCGGUCCCCCCUUCAGCAACGAGGUAAUGGAAGCCGCUACCUGACCAAAGCCCCGGAUAAACCUCCGGUAGUAGUUGGCAACCCCAAGAAAGGCUGCAUCUCCUUUACCGUGGUUGGAGUCGCCCAAUUAUGCACGGCCAAAACGCAGUCACUCUCCAUCUUCACCCCAGACGCGGACAUGUGGUACCCUAGGAAGGAGAUGGACUCCUGAAAGAACAAGCAUUUCUCUGCCUUAGCAUACAGGUCAUGCUCUAACAGUCUUUCAAGCACUUUACGCACCAGGGACACAUGCUCGGCCCUUGUAGUGGAGUAUAUAAGUAUGUCAUCAAUAUACACCACUACCCCUUGUCCAUGCAGGUCCCUGAAAAUCUCAUCCACUAAUGAUUGGAAGACUGAUGGAGCAUUCAUUAACCCGUAUGGCAUGACAAGAUACUCAUAAUGUCCAGAGGUGGUACUAAAUGCCAUCUUCCACUCAUCUCCCUCCCGGAUACGCACUAGGUUGUACGCGCUCCUGAGAUUCAAUUUUGUGAAGAAGCGUGCCCCGUGCAAUGAUUCCGACAUACUAGCUAUCAGGGGUAAUGGAUAGCUGUACUUGAUGGUAAUCUGAUUUAAGCCACGGUAAUCAAUGCACGGGCGUAAACCACCAUCCUUCUUCACAAAAAAUAAACUUGGGGAGUCAGGUGAAGUGGAUGGCCGAAUGUAUCCCGGUCUUAGAGACUCGGUGACAUAUGUCUCCAUAGCCGCACUCUCCUCCUGAGACAAAGGAUACGUGACUCCGGGGAAGUGCAGCUCCUACCUGGAGAUUUAUCGCGCAAUCCCCCGGACGAUGAGGUGGUAAUUUAGUCGCCCUCUUUUUACUGAAGGCGAUAGCCAAAUCGGCAUACUCGGCAGGAAUGUGCAUAGUGGAAACCUGGUUUGGACUCUCCACCUUAGUUGCCCCCAAGGAAACUCCUACACACCUCCCUGAACACUGACCGGACCAUCCCUUAAGAGCCCUCUGUUGCCAUGAAAUUGUGGGGUCAUGAAUGGUUAACCAGGGAAGACCCAACACCACAGGAUACGCAGGAGAAUCAUAUAGAGGCUAAUCCUCUCCUCAUGACCCCCCUGCGUCCUCAUCAGAAGCGGGGUGGUGACCUCCCUGAUUGUGCCUGACCCUAACGGGCGACUAUCUAAGGCGUGCACAGGGAAAGGUUUAUCAACAGACACAGUAGGAAUCCCUAAACUACGAGCAUACUGGCAAUCAAUAAAAUUCCCAGCCGCGCCUGAAUCUACUAGCGCCUUAUGCUGGGAAUGGGAGGAAACUUCUGGGAAAACAAUAUCUAUACACACAUUAGCAACAGGAGGCUCUGUGGGAGUCGGGUGCCUACUCACCUGAGAUGGUCGACCAGUGCCCUGCCUCGACCUCCUGAGGACCCUCCCCAAGACCGACCAGCAGUGUGUCCUCUGCGGCCACAGUUGGUGCAGGGGAUGGUCCCUCUGUCCAUCUCCCUAACCGCAGCACCCCCAAGCUCCAUGGGGGUAGACUGAGGUGCUGGGGGAUGGAAUGGACGGCCCCCGAUCAGAACGUCCGCGGGCUGCCAAUAGGUUAUCCAACCUGAUGGACAUGUCCACCAAUUGGUCCAGGGUGAGAUCGGUGUCCCUGCAGGCCAGCUCCCGACGGACGUCCUCCCUUAAGCUGCAGUGAUAAUGGUCGAUCAGGGCCCUCCAAAACAACAGAGGCGCAAAACCCACUCACAAUAAUGACACUCGUACCAUACAAUAAACACGCACACCAAACAGUGGACGUGAACAGGUUAAAUAGGCAGACAAACUAACAUAAUGGGGAACAGGUGUGCAACAACAGACAACAAUCAAGUGAACAUAGAAACAUAUAACAUAGAGCGGCAGCAGCUAGUAUUCUGGUGACGACGAACGCCGAAGCCUGCCCGAGCCAGAAGGAAGGGCAGUCUCGGCAGAAUCCGUGACAACAGUAGCUAUGUUUCCAUUAACUUGUGCAGUGAUUUUUUCAUAGAAAAUAGAUUAAAUUGCCUGCUAUGGUGCGUUUACAUUUAACUAUCGUGUGUGGAUGAAAACAGCUGGCCGAAAUGACAUCACACCUAAAAAAAAAAAAAAACUACAGUAUUGAUUAAAAAUGAAGUGGUUGAUAUAUUUCCAUGACCUAUUUCGGCAAAUUGCGGAUUAAUAAAUUGGUGACAGCCUGUAUGCCCUCCCACCUAUCUGUUUUAUGUCUCAGGUAGCCCACAAAAGCCAGCAUGGAUAGCCAUAUUCUAAUAAUUCUCGUGUCAACGUAUCGCCACGGUCCGUGCCAUGGUGAAACUUGCACUCAUGUAGAUCUGAAAUAAUUAGAUGGUGAAAGUUGCAUCCAGCCAACCAGAAAAGCAAGUCGAAGCAAAUCAGCUAUUCUUGAAAUUCAGGACAAGGAUCCUGCAAAGAUUUAACAGGCAGUAGGCAUUUAGAAUUAAAUAUGAAGUGUAGCUUCAUAGUUACGUGUUGACAUCACGUGCCCCGCGUACCUUCAAAAUUAUUUGGCAAUCAUUUAUUAGAAAAACACUGUUUCCAUCAUCAUUUGUCGCAAUACAUAAAGUUUGACAAAAUAAGAAUCCACCCCUGUCGAAUGGAUACAAAUGUUGUAGAUCUUUACAAAAUGUCUGUUUCCAUUACGCGUCACAAUUUUUUGUUGAAUAAACCUGGGUCAAUGGAAAUCUGCCUACAGUAUUUAGAUCUAUAUUUAAAUCAUUUGCAGGACUAUUGCAUGUAUUUUCAAGGGCAUGUCUUUAAUUUGAAUUCCUUAAAUUGAACAUCGGGAGCCAUUAUUUCAGUUUUGGAGCUGGAUCUGAAUAAUACUCAAUACAGGUUGUAAAAAAAAAAAGACUAGAUUGGCAGCCUCGGAUGUAACGUUACUCUGGCGAGAGACUGAGCAGUGAACACAGGUGUCUGAUUAGCACCCAGAGAUUCAGAGGGCACAGGAGGGACAACACCACAACAGCAAUACCACAUUUCAACUAACAACUGAGCUUGUCAUCUCCAACGAUCAGGACACAGAGUGCCAAUGUGCCCUUGGCCCGUGUGUGUGUGUGUGUGGGGUGGGGGGGGGGGGGGGGGGGGGGGGGGGGGGGGUACAGUGUGUGCCAGUGUCCCAUAGGGGGUGAGGUACAGCACUAGGGACAGGGGAGGCGCAGCUGUGGAGACAGAUCGCCUGGCUGGAGCCGGGCCAGCAGUGAGGAACGAAGACCCUGUACCCUUGUGUUCUCUCUCUCCUCUCUCCCACAGUCCUGGUGCACCAUGUGCUUGGAGAGACACUCUCUCACACAAUGUUAUGGGAGCAGUUUUCAAUUAGCCAGAGCAUCGUAUGAGGUCCUCACCCAGCACUGGUGCAGCAGAGACACAGUAUAUGUCGUAUUUAUUUACAGUUGGUCAACGAGGGUGGCAGUUGAAGGUGGUUGAGGAUGAAAUCAAAGCAAUUACUCUCAUAUAACAUGACAGUGUGACAGCACUGCAAUGCACACAUUGUAGCAACAAGUGUAAUAUGAGGAUGUUUUACACAUUGUAGCAACAAGGGUAAUAUGAGGACAUUGCACAUGAAUAGAGGCAGAUGUUUUUGCUGACCAUUUGACCUGACCAGGAAAAACAAUGGCCUCUAGCGAUAGACUGUAACGAGAGCUCAGUAUUUUUCCUGAACUGGUCACUCCUGGCUCCACACAGUGGCGCAGUGGUCUAAGGCACUGCAUCGCAGUGCUAGCUGUGCUACUAGAGAUCCUGGUUCGAAUCCAGGCUCUGUCGUAGCCGGCCGCGACCGGGAGACCCAUGGGGCGGCGCACAAUUCGUCCAGGGUAGGGGAGGGAAUGGCCGGCAGGGAUGUAGCUCAGUUGGUAGAGCAUGGCGUUUGCAACGCCAGGGUUGUGGGUUCGAUUCCCACAGGGGGCCAGUAUGAAAAAAUAAAAUAAUAAUAAUGUAUUCACUCACUAACUGUAAGUCGCUCUGGAUAAGAGCGUCUGCUAAAUGACUAAAAUGUAAAUGAACUACUGAAGACAAUGAUAUUGUCACCAACGUCUCUGCGGAACUGUCUCUCUGUCUCUCCAGGUGCAAAAGCUUCCUAAACACAUGCGGGAGGCCCAGAUCUCCACUGAGCACACCCACCUCAUCGCCGACCCCAUCAAGAAGCCCCGGCAACGCUAUGUGCAGAAAGACGGCAAGUGCAACGUUCACCACGGCAACGUGCAGGAGACCUACCGUUACCUUAGCGACCUGUUCACCACCCUGGUGGACCUGCGCUGGCGCUUCAGCCUCUUCAUCUUCACUCUGGUCUACGUGGUCAACUGGCUGUUCUUCGGCCUGCUGUGGUACAUCAUCGCCCUGAUCCGAGGGGACCUGUGGCACAGCGACGAGGAGGGCUGGACCCCCUGUGUUGAGAACCUCAACAGCUUCGUCUCGGCCUUCCUCUUCUCCAUCGAGACGGAGACCACCAUCGGCUACGGCUACCGCGUCAUCACAGAGAAGUGCCCUGAGGGCAUCAUCCUGCUGCUGAUCCAGGCCAUCCUGGGCUCCAUUGUCAAUGCCAUGAUGGUGGGCUGCAUGUUCGUGAAGAUCUCCCAGCCCAAGAACCGCGCCGAGACGCUCAUGUUCUCCCACAAGGCGGUGAUCUCUGUGCGGGACAACAAGUUGUGUCUCAUGUUCAGAGUCGGGGACCUGCGCAACUCCCACAUCGUGGAGGCCUCCAUCCGGGCCAAGCUGAUCCGCUCACAGCAGACCAAGGAGGGGGAGUUCAUUCCUCUCAACCAGACGGAUAUCAACAUCGGCUUCGACACGGGAGACGACCGUCUCUUCCUGGUCUCCCCACUCAUAAUCUCCCAUGAGAUCAAUGAGAAGAGCCCCUUCUGGGAGCUGUCCCAGGCGCAGAUGGACAAGGAGGAGUUUGAGAUUGUGGUCAUCCUGGAGGGCAUGGUCGAAGCUACAGGUACGUCCUCUUGA